CCCCCCCAGCAAUGGGGACCCAACUCCAUCUGAGCAACCGCGCCCUUGCGACCACCCCAUAUCACCGGAGAGCAACGGCAGCUCGACCAUCUCCUCAGUCCUCACCCCGCCGCCGAGCACCGGCCGGCUGAUUACGCAGAGUCACGUGAUAUCCCCUCGUCCUGCCAUUGAUUGCUGCGGGGGCGCGUCGCUGGUUCCCACAAUGCUUUGCGGCAGGCGGACGUGGUCCUGCUGCCGAUGCCGCGGCCCCGGUUUUCACUAAAUCUGUUGGCAAUGUCUAUGAUCUUAUCUGCCUCAGUGGUCCGUGUUAGAGAUGGGCUCCCGCUAUCUGCCUCUACAGAUUAUGAGCAAAGCAUGGGAGUGCAGCAAUGUAGAAAAUAUUUUAAAACACUCUCGAAGAAGCUUGCUCAGCUUCCUGAUAGAUGUGUGCUGAAAGCUGGCCAGUAUAAUAUAAAUUUUAUUAGCUCUCUGGGAGUGAGCUACAUGAUGCUGUGCACUGAAAAUUACCCCAAUGUUCUGGCUUUCUGCUUCCUGGAUGAGCUUCAGAAAGAGUUCAUCACCACGUACAAUAUGAUGAGGACAAAUACUGCCAUCCGGCCAUACUGUUUCAUAGAGUUUGAUAAUUUUAUUCAAAGGACCAAGCAGAGAUAUAAUAACCCACGGUCUCUGUCGACAAAGAUAAAUCUUGCUGACAUGCAGACAGAAAUCAAGCUGAGACCACCUUAUCAAAUUUCCAUGUCUGAACUUGGUUCAACUAAUGGACUUGCACACUUAUCAGCUGCAGAAUUUAAGGGUACUGGUAAGAUAUCUGCUGCUCCUCAUCAACGACUGGAAGCCGUUACUCUGCCAGGGAUUGUUUCAUUUAUACUGAGCCUGUUAUGUGGGGCUUUGAAUUUAAUUAGAGGGUUUCAUGCCAUAGAAAGUCUUCUGCAGAACGAGGGUGAAGAUUUCAGUUAUGUCAUUGCCUUUUUCCUUGGAACAGCAGCCUGCUUGUAUCAGGAAGUGACCUUACUCAAGGAGAUCCAGGUGCCCAAGACCAAGAUAAUUUACAGAAAAUAGAAUCAGUCCUAAAUGAACAGCAGUGCAACCAACCUUCUCCCAGGCACUGAACGGUAACCAGCCCUCUCUGUUUUGUGUUUUUUCUAGCAAUCUUUGGUGGGUUAACUACCUAAAGGUGUAUUUUAAAAUGUAGAAUAAUAUCAAAGUCUUUCGGAAAAUACAGUUUUUGGGUUUGGACUUUUCUUUGGUAGUUUGCGUAUGUAGUUGGUAAUGUAGCAGGUUCAAGCCAAUCACUUUUUUGUCCUAAAGAACUCAUUUUCUCUGCAUCAGAUGGCUGACUGGAGGUAGAACACUAUUGUUUUAAAGUCUGUCAGUUUUUUUUUAAAUGGUGAGGUUAUUCAACACUCAUUGCCAUAUCUUUAAUAAUUAGUAGUUUCUUUAGCAAAGAAGCAAUGACACCUGUUUAAGGUUCUCACACACACACCCCACCACAUGAAUUGCUUUUUUGAAUCCCAGAUUAAGUAAUAAGUAGAAAUGCAUUACCAUUUACAAACACUAAGGAUAUGCUCGUUGGGCUUGGCACUUGGCAAGACAGUAACAGCAGGAAAGCUAUGUGCAUCAGCCACCCACUGUAAAAAUGCAUGUUGUGUGAAUGCUUGUAGUAUUAGUGGUUUUGCAUAAUUGAAAGUGUUGCAGAGGCAUUUUACUUUUUUUUUUUUUUUAAAGUGCUGGUGGAAGAAAGCCCCAGUUGUACUCUGAUCCUGCAAUUAGAUCCAUAAGGGCACAGGAAUCUGCUUCUAGAAUCCCCAGUAAUUUCAAUAUGGGUCUGCUUGUGUGGAUCCAUCUGCAGAACCAGGACAAAAAAAAAUCUGUAAACGUUGGCAUUUCUAAGUGAUUUUACAGGGGUUUUACACAUGAAAUUGUAUUCCUCACUUACGCAGCUCCAUUGACCCCAUUGCUAAGUGUAAGACAGAUUGGAUAAUAUGUUGAGAGGAUAUAAUUACUCAUGAUGGGACAAAAUUAAGACAAGGAAAAACUUCCUGACAAUGAGAUGGGUUAGGCUGGAGAAUGUCCUUCCAGGAGAAGUGGUGGAAGCUCUGUUUCUUGGCCUACAAACAUUAGGCAGGACAAAACACACUGGUACGUAGACAAAAGGGAAGAGUCAUGCAUGGCAGGAAGAUUAUCUUGGAAUUUGGGGUCUAACUGGACUUUUUCUAGCUCUGCUCAUCUGUGAAUUAAUGUACAAAUACAGAAAUCACUUUAAAGAUGAAACAUGCGAGCUGAGCAGGGAAUUAAGUCAUCACAACCGAGCUACGAAUUGUUCACGUUACAAAAAAACUGACUCUUGUCUAAUGAGUUGGCUAGAAAAAAGUGAGAUGAGUUUUUUGGUUUCCUUCAGUUGCUUUUGGUCACUUUAGGUGAGAGAAAUUAUAGAAGCAGGUAAAUAUUGGAUACGGCAUGCCCUCUCCUUAGGAAAUUCUGCCAGGCUGUUGGAUUAGAUCUAGUCCCUGCAUCUCUCCCAUCUCUGAGUUUUAUGAUGCUAUGUUUGGUUUUGGUUGUUUAAAGAAAAGUGGUGUUAACAUAGUGGAUUGCCUGAAGUAUAAAGUAGUUUGUUUCCAGCAGAUGGCAAUAUUGUACACCUCUGAGACUAAAAAAAGGGGAAAUUCAGAUUCUGGGGAGAUGUACCAAGUACAGUACUGAUUGUAGGUUUCUAGUCUAACGCAUCCUUCCUCCCCUCCCCCCCCCCACUACAAAGAAUACAAGAUUCCAGAUAUCUUUACUCUGGCAGGGCAAUAGGAGGAAUUCUAUAACCAAAAGGAAAUAGAGGUGAUUUUAAUUUAUUCAUAAUGGUUUUUAUUAAUUUUUAAUUGUCCUUGUUUUCUCUGAACAAAGAGUCAACUCAGUAAA